AUGGCUUUUCCAAUAGACAGUAUACCAUUUGCAUCCUCUAGAACCAUUCCCUCAAAAUAUGGUCGAAAGAUGCAUGGCAUGACUUCUAUCAAAGAAGAAUAUACAUAUACGGAUGAUAGUCCAACUUCACCAAAGGAGAAUUGGCCGCUGGGCUUGGAAACAAACACACAUCGAAGAAACAAAUCGAGUACGAAUAUGUUGACGACGAAUGAUAUGGGAAUUAAAAAGUGGGAAGGGAAGGCGCGGAGGUCGAUACCGUGGGAUGACUUGAGAAGGGAUCCUGAAUUAUGGUACCCUAAAGGAGAUUGCCUGAUUUAUUUGUAUGGCCGGGGACAAUCAAUGAGAGGACCAGCGUUCCGAGUGCCACUCAGUGCAUUAAUUGCUGCGAAAUGCCAACCACUCCUGGACAUAUUCAUGCCGAAAGACACUAAAGCAUUGCCAACCUCGGACGCCAAGGGGGAUUUUGAUGAAUGUUUUGCGGGAGCCAGUGAUGCUGGCUAUGUAGAGCUAUAUAUCCCAGCUCCUGCGUUGGCAGAACGAGGAGAGGCAUUCCUCUACCACACGGCGACUCGAAACUUCUUCGCUUGGGUUUUUAAGAAGUCCUUGGUUGGGCCAGAUUUAGGCAGCGCGUUGGUUGGGCUUCUCGACAGUAUGUCUCAAUUCAGGGCGGUUAGUGUCAACAAUGUGGACGAUUUUGUAGCCUACAUUGAAGGAGAGGGAUAUGCGGAUAUGAGGAAUGCGCCAGACCAUGCCCUUGGAAUCAUGUACUUUGCGGAACAUUUCCAUUUUAAGGAUAUGUGGAUCGAUGCACUUGCACAUUGUGCGGGGAUGUGCGAAAGACUUCACAAUAGUCCUGGUUUCGAGUCAUUGAGUCGACAAGAUCGAGCUUUCAUUUCUCGAGCAAGACUGGAAAUGGAUCUUCGGCUUGACACCUGUGGCAAGAUGCUUAGUAGAUUCCUCACAGAAGAAUUAUCGGACGCAUACUUGCAGCUCGGCUCCGAUGCUCAAAUCCACCUCGAAAGGUUUAGAGCAUUUCUGCAGAGGUAUUAUACCGCAAAACUUGGUUCCUACCCAUCAUUAGCUUCAAGAUCCGGGAGUGGGGCUUUCCCCAAGAGUAUCUUUGAGCAAAUGCGUUCAGAAUUUCAGAAACUGUAUGAGUUUCUGGCGGACUCCAGUGAGACUAUCGCAAAACCUACAACCACCAGCAGGCAAGAAUUAGACGUCCUACACGUGGUAAGGGCCUUCAAUGCCCGAUGCAAGAUCGAGCCGUUACCUCACUCUUUACCUCUGCUUCCAGAUGAUAACGCACAACCAUCUACCAAACCACUCAGCAAGCGGUUAACUUUCACCGCGAAGAUGUUCCCGAAGAGUGACAAAUCUCACAAUGAACCUCGCCUGGGUCCAAUGACCGCCCUUGAUAAGGCUACAAAUCGGCAGAAACAGCAUCUUACGGACUGCUCGCUAGUUCGUGCUUACUUGCGAUUCGAGAAAGAAUGCGCUGGCCCAGUCAAUUCCAGAAUGGUAACAGCCGAGAAUAUCUCCCAGGCGGAAGGCCGCAAGGUUCGUUGGGUCUUGAUAUAUUCUUCACUUCAAAUACUUAUUCAAGCAACGGAGAUACCUGAUCAAGUACGCGCUACACAAAACGUUUCCUACAAUAUUUCCAUUCGUACUGGAGGAUGUCCACCGUGGAACGACCGACGUUCAUGUUAUAACUUGAUUCGUACGCAGAGUGCUCAAGCGAAUAAAGACUACAGGAACUCAUUGAUCAGAUCAAACCCUUGCAAUGCUGGAGAGACACCGAUAGAUGUUAUAGCUGCUUUCAGCGAAUACCUGGCUCAGAAAGACCAAUUUGAACUGUCGCGAAAGAAAGAAAGUGCCGCCGACACCGCAUUGUCGACCAGGAAUAUAUUAGCUAAAGCUGAUGCUAGUGGCGCCUUGACGAUAAUGCCGGAGCUCCACCAUCCUAUUCCACGGAGAAACACUCAUCAUGAAAUACUAACUCAAGGGUCUGGACAAGGUUUCGAGUACAAUUAUGCCUAUGAUUCGAGAACGGAAUUAAAGGAAGAAGAACAAAGCAUCAACAGAAAACAAACAUCGUCGACGACUUCAGCAAAUGAUGCGUCCUCCGAAUGGUCCCGUUCUUCUCACGAUCCAGAUGGCACAAACUUGGACUCUUCUGACACUGAUUUCCCCAGCAGAAGUGGUUCAUCCACUUCCGAUGAUCGUCGGGAUUCGGUUUCUUCGAUCUAUUCUGAAGCUGAGUUGUGGGAGCAAACACUUGCAUUCGAACGAUUGCAAAAACCCAGACCAAUCAGUACAUACUCUGUGAGUAUAUACGACGAGGAUAUGAAUUUAGGAGAAAGAUUUCCCAGUCCAGGACUCUCCCCAAUCAUAUUUGGAAAAGGCCACGCAGAUCCGCCACCUCUGUUCAUCACGAAACCGAUUCAGAAGAGGGUGAGCAUUUUGAGCCAGGGGCUUGAUAAGCAUGCUAGUGUUGAUAGCAUGAUAGUAAUGAGUGAGGAGUUAUCUGCAUAUUUGAGGGGCUGA